CAUCUCGUCAGAAGCGGCAAGUCAGUGCUUCUGUAGCAUAUGCGUGGUGCGGGUCGUGAUUUCUAUGCUGCUCCGAUUGGCGUUUGUGUGUAGGUACCAAUGCUGAGUAUGCUGCUGAGCGAAGGGGUCGCACGGUGCAUUGUGAUCGAUAGCAUGGAGAUUUUUCCGUUGCCGCAGCUUGUGAUAACGUGGGUUAGUUAAUUGGCGUAAUUUAAUUGGAAGAAGUUGUGAAAUUUGGAUUGACGAGUUAUUCGAAUCAAAAUAGAACCAACUAUAACUUUCUAUUAAACGUACGAGUAAUGUAGGUGUAGUGCAAUCGAGGUGAAUCACGUUGGAAUCUGAAGAGAACAUAAAGAACCGUUUUUGACGAGUUGAAAUUCAUACCCAAUCAGUGUGCAAUCGUACCGGAAAAAUCGUCAAAGCGAGGUGAUUGCAUGAUUAAGUGAGAUGAAAUUGAAUAAAUCAGUUGCUAAAGGCCCUGUAAAACGCUUCAAUGUGAAUUUCGAUGAAUAAUUGUGAAACAGUGUGCUCGCGAGUAGCGUGAAUUGAACGGAAAAUUAUUCAACGUGAAAAUUACACCAAAAAUAAUAAUUGUGCUGUUGGUGAUUCGGUGAAGAGUCCCUCGUGGCUCGCAGUGUCCAGGUUCGGGUUCAGGUGCAUGAAAAUAUGAUAGAGUGGUCCCAAGAAUCCGCUUCGCACGGGCAAUGAUUGCAUUGCAUUCAACGUGAUAAUCAUCGAGAGAGUAAUUUGAUUGCAACCAAUAACGGAUUAUCCCUCGGUAGAGCCGAGGAUUUUUUGUUUCGCCCAGUGAAUUCGGCGUUGAUCCUGUACAGGUUUCCGAGUCCAAAACAUCACCGAACGAACCUACUGCUGCCGGUGCCGGAUACGAGAUGCGAAGAUGAAGUAGAACUGUGCGCACUGGGACACCGGGAUUACAGGCGAAAUUUUUGCCAACAUUAUAAGGACGCGCUACAUCCUCGCCCGAGACCCUUCCGCAUAUGGCACAAACCAUCGAAUGUCUCAGCCGGUGGAAAGCGAGAAAAAACAACAUCUCAAGAAUCGGAAAGGCUACCAACAUACAAACAACACUGAUAGUCAAGCGUCUUCGGGACAGCAUCAUCUUCUUCUACAAAGGGGGAAACGGUUUUUAAGGAUAGCAAGUUCCCGUCGUCGGUUCCGUCAACUGUAACAUCAUAAAUUUGAAUAUAAAAGCGCUCAGGAAUCGCUUCCAGCUUGCGCCUGCAGCGAGUUGUUGUAAACUAAUUACAUAAUUGAAGAAUGCUUACUUUGUCGGUUGGUGCUGAGCUCGAGAAAGUGUUAAAAGGAUUCGUCGUGAUUUAGUGCUGGCUGGUAGAAUAAAUAUCAGCUUGGGAAAUUCUGGCGAGGCGAAAAGUCAACCUCGAUAGGACACUACCCACAAUGGAGAUGCAAAUGGGACGAGAAUAAACUAUCAAAGAUUAUAGGAAAGGAGUACAAAAGCAAUUAAAGGAAUUGGAUUUUUUUGUUCGUCGCCCUCGAAGAAAUAGAAGAAACAAACGACCUUUUUUCUUACGGUUUGCUGAAAUCGAAGACAGUGAAGCACGUGCUUGAGCUGUCUGUCGAACGGGGGAAAAGCAGUGCCAAACGGUACAAUUAAAAGUAGUCCCGGGGCUUAGGUGGAAGGCUCAGAAAUUAUGUGAUUUGCUGCUAUUGAAUCUGGCCGGAGCAAAAAGCGCGGACUGAAAGACAAUCACGGCGAAUGCACUUGAGCAAAUUGAAAACAACGACGAUUUGACCUUUUCUUGCCGCGGAAUAUUUCAGACUUUGGCGCGAGGAACGAACGCGAUGUUGUAGCAGCAAGAAAUGACUAUUCGUGGUGAUUAAUUUUUGAUAUCGAAUUGUUUAGGCGAGUGGAAAAUUGAAAAGACUGUGGAUUUUCCCCCGGGGGGAAAUCGCUCGUGACAGGGUGCGAAAGGAAAACUGCUUGUGAGAAAUUGCUAAUUCGUGUAAAUAUUUGAGAACCAUCGUGUUCCGAAGCUGGGAGAAAAGGACAUUCAACAAAGGCCAGAAUGGAGCUUCUUCCGGGAACGAUAGUAACGAUUCUAAUCGCGACAGCGAUUAUCAACAUAGCUAAAGCAAUGGAGUACCCAAAAAUAACGGAGCACCCGCUGGAUGUGAUAGUGCCGAGGCAUGAACCCACCACCCUCAACUGCAAGGCCGAAGGCAUUCCGAUGCCAACCAUCACCUGGUACAAGGAUGGUGAGCCGAUCAAAGCGGAACAGGGCUCGCAUAAAAUUCUGCUUCCCGCUGGAGGAUUGUUCUUCCUGAAGGUCGUGCACUCACGUCGCGAAAGCGACGCCGGAGUGUACUGGUGCGAGGCCCGCAACGAGCUCGGUGUGGCCAGAAGCCGGAACGCAACGCUGCAAGUGUCAGUGCUACGCGACGAGUUUCGGCUGGAACCGCAGAAUACUCGGGUGGCGCAAGGGGAGACAGCUUUGCUGGAAUGCGGACCACCGAAGGGUUAUCCGGAGCCGGUAAUUUUUUGGCGGAAAAAUGGACAGACCAUGGACUUGAGCGGAUCAAAACGCAUCCGCGUCGUGGACGGUGGCAAUCUGGCCAUCCAGGAUGCGCGCCAAUCCGACGACGGCCGGUACCAGUGUGUGGCGAAAAACGUUGUCGGUAUCCGUGAAUCGACGGUUGCAUUUCUCCGAGUGCACGUGAAACCAUUCCUGAUACGAGGUCCGCAAAACCAGACGGCUGUGGCCGGCAGCUCAGUGGUGUUUCAGUGUCGCGUCGGCGGUGAACCAGUUCCGGACGUCCUGUGGCGGCGCUCGGCAUCCGGCGGCAAUAUGCCUCUAGGUCGAGUUCAUGUCCUCGAGGAUCGUAGCUUGCGAAUCGAUGACAUCACCGUGGAGGAUAUGGGCGAGUAUAGUUGCGAAGCUGACAACGCUGUGGGCUCGAUUACGGCUUCGGGGAAUCUAAUCGUUCACUCUCCUCCAAGUUUCAUCGUUCGGCCAAAGCAUCAAAUCGUUGAGUUGGGCUCGGAGGCACUAUUCGAGUGUCAGUCCGUUGGUCAUCCGCAUCCAACGUUGUUUUGGUCACUGGAGGGUAACAGGAGCCUGCUGUUUCCGGAAACUCGCUUCGGAAACAUCGAAGUAACAGAAAAUGCCGAUGGCACAAGCGUACUGUCGGUCUCCAACAUCGAUCGAGCUGACAAUGGGAAAGUUAUCGUGUGCAGCGCAGUGAAUAGUGUCGGAAGUGUCAGCACUCGGGUCGUACUUAGUGUAAAUCUCCAAGAUGACCGGCCUCCGCCGUUGAUUCUGCAAGGACCAGUCAACCAAACACUUCCAGUGAAAUCCGUUGCCAUUUUGCCAUGCAGAGCUUCCGGUGUACCGACACCGGUGAUUUCCUGGUACCGGGAUGGCAUUCCCAUUUUAACGACUGCCAGGAUCAACAUCAGCGAUUCAGGGACAUUAACCAUUUCCGAUCUGAGCAAAAACGAUGACAGUGGACUGUACACGUGUGUUGCCAGUAGUAAGUCUGGGAAAUCAACGUGGAGUGCAGCGCUGCGACUGGAUUCACCUACCAAUCCAAACAUCAAGUUCUACCGUGCACCGGAAGCAUCCACGUUUCCUGGGCCACCCGGAAAGCCACAGUUGACGGAUGUGUCCGAAAACAGUGCUACCAUCUCGUGGGUUCGAAGUAACGCCAUCGGGGCGUCCAGUUUGGUUGGCUACACCGUGGAAAUGUUCGGUCGGAAUGCUACCGAUGGAUGGGUAGAGGUUGCCAGCAAAGUGCUGGAUACUAGUUACACUCAGCGUGGAUUGGGCCCGGGAGUAACGUACUACUUUGUGGUGCGAGCGGAGAAUUCGCACGGGGUUUCUCUGCCCAGUGCGGUAUCGGAGCCGAUCAUGGUUGGAAUGAACGAACUAAACUCCGGACUGGAUAUGAGCGAAGCCAGAGCUAGCCUGCUGUCAGGGGACGUCGUCGAACUGAUCAACGCAACUUCGGUGGACUCUACUACGAUGAAGCUAGUUUGGGAGAUCAUCAACGACAAGUACGUUGAAGGAUUCUACAUCUACGCUCGCAACCUGGAAGAGGAAUCGGAACGAUCGUACAAAAUGCUUACGGUACUGAACGCUGGCAGCGUGUCCACCUGCACGGUUAGCGGACUGCGCAAAUUCACUGAGUAUGAAUUUUUCAUAGUUCCCUUCUACCGAACAGUCGAAGGAAAGCCGUCCAACUCAAGACUGUCCAGGACGUUGGAAGAUGUUCCAAGCGCUCCUCCUACUUCGAUGGAAGCUUUACUGCUAAACUCGUCUGCGGUGUAUCUCAAGUGGAAGUCGCCUCCUGUAGAUUCGAUUAAUGGUAUUCUACAAACCUACCACGUGAUCGUUCGAGGUUUGGAUAUUCGCUCGAAUUUCACCAAAAUCUUAAGCAACGUAACGAUUGACGCCGCCUCACCCAACUUACUGCUAGCGAAUCUAACCGAAGGAGUGACGUACACAGUCAGUAUCGCAGCGGCAACGACGAUCGGAAUGGGUCCGUUCAGCAGCCCGGCUACACUACGCCUAGAUCCAGUGACGAAACAGUUGGAUCAAACUUCGCACCGUUAUCCGAUCAAUCACGAUAAUGCGGACGACAUACUGACAAAACCUUGGUUCAUCGCAGUUCUUGGCACGAUUCUGGCAUUGAUGAUGCUGUCCUUCGGAGCGAUGGUGUUCGUCAAGCGGAAACAGAUGAUGAUGAAGCAAUCGGCGCUAGCAGCGUUAAGAGGACACCACGGCAAUGGCGUGCUCAAGUUCCCUUCACUUCCGCAAAAUCACGAUACCUAUUGGACUGACCCAUCGGCUAUAUUGUGGCGUCAUCCAACUCGACCGAAGGAUCACAUACAAGAUUACGCACCGGUCUGUACCGGAACUACCCUACCGUCGGACCAGAACAACCGCAACCGCUACGUCGGCAUUGACUACACCGAAUAUCCAUCCGAUUAUGCCGAAGUGUCAUCGUUCAAUCCGAACACUCCGGGUAAUACCAACGCGACGGGGAACGUUAGCGGCAAGGCACCAUCUGAGUGCAGUGGAACCCGUUCGCCUGCUCCCUAUGCAACCACCACUCUGAUAGGCAAUUCAAGAUUUAUUACAACCUCCGCGAACGGUACCGUACACAGCAUUCAUCAUCAACAAACACCCUACGGCAGCAUGUACUACAACACUGAUCCUUAUCCGCCGAUGACCACCACUGAAGGAGGUUCUGGUAAUGGAAACAGCGACAACGGUGGUCUGUUACUGGGUGGGUCCAGCAAUUACGGUCGGAACGUGUACUCGGAGUCAUAUUUCAAUCCGGGUGAGAAAAUCAAUAUCACCGAGAAUAAGCUGGCCUCGCUGAACAACAAUAGCACCAGUAAUGGAGGCUAUCAGUUGGUGCAGAAUCACAGCGGAAGCAGUGCUAGCAGUAGUAGCAGCAGUGGCGGUGGAGUGGGACUCCGUUCCGAAACGAACAAAAUCUUCAAUCCCAGCCAUUCGGUUCCGCAGACACCGUUCGGGACGAUAAGAAAAAAUCGCUUCAAAUUAACCCGUACUCCAAUCAAUAAUCUGAGGAUUAGCUUCGGAACGUCUGACCGUGGCAGCGCCACCGGUAGUAGUCCGGCAGAGGAUGCUGGAAAUGAAUAUGGUAAUCAACACCACCACCACCAACAACAACAGCAACAAUCACAGCAAAGUCAAAAGAAGAAAAUGUCCUCGCUCAAUAAUUUAGGAGCGCAAGAGCAGCUGUACAUAAAGAUAGGGGAAACGAAUCCGAACAACGCCAACAGUUGGAAUGGUCAUUUGGCCAACAUCUACCAAAACUCCGCUCGGUCCAGACCGGCCGAUGGUGGGGAUGGCAAUGAUCGGGAGGGGGAAGCCGUCAUCUACCAUCCGACCGGUAACCGCAGUGUCAUUAGCUAUCGGUCCGCCUCCGAGUUCGGGGACAACGUCUGAGAGUUGCGUGGCAGCUUCGGGUUGACUAUUUAUAAUAACUUAUUCUGACGCCAGGACGACGCAGAAUGGACGAAAGACUGAGUGUGGAAAUUUAAGAGUAGGAGAGCGAGUCUAAUCGAUUGGGGUAGGGCGAGUGCGUAUGAGCUAUCGGAUUUGUUCCCCCCUCACCGAACCAAGGGUUUUAGGUACGGCCAAAUCUCCACUCAUAGAUAGGUAAGGUGAAUUGUCGUUCGUUGUUUUCUUUAGCCAUACUCUAUACCUGUAAAUAAUGGAUGCCCUUUCCGAUGUGUUUUGCUGGAAAUGGUGCUGAUGAUGUAUAGAUUGAAGCGAAAUCGAUGUGGGUGACUAUAAAUCAAGACUGAUCGCAGUACUUCCACUGGAAAGGUAGAAUUGUUGAAACGGAAUCCGAGAAGGGCCGUUGCGAACGAUAGAAGCAUUGAAAUGGGAACAAUUCAAUUCGAAAAUUUGCGUAUUUUGCAUUUGAAGGAGACGAAUGGUUGUUUAUCGUCUGUUUGAAUUGUAUCUUAAAACAUCCUAAAACAACACAAAACAAAAGUUAGCUACUCAUUCAUAUCAGAGCAGCGGUGAGUGUGAAUCUAGUGAUUGAAUAGUAGCGUAAAACAAUCUAAUAUUUUGUAAAGAAUACUCAAAAAACAACAAAUAAAAGUUUAGGCUAGUGUACGAGUCUGCGAAUCGGAAAUAUCAUUGUAAAUAAUAAGUUACUGGUUUAUCGUAUAAGUCGAAACAACUGCUUGUUAACACAACCACCUACGUUAAAAAGUUCAAAAUUCCUACUUUAUCAACUCAGCGAUUACACGAUGUUACAUGAAAUGCUUGAAAACUUUUGGGUUUCGCGUUAAAACUAUCAACUAUCACAGAGAAGUUUAUAUAAGUAUUAUCCUUUUUCUACUAUAAAAUUGUAGUUAAAUUAAAAUUGUCAAAAAUUUGUGCGAAAGAAAGUAAGAGAAAACGAGAGAGAGAGAGAUAGUGGAAGAAAAAGCAAUAAAACAAGAAAAGUUGGAUCAUCAUUAAAUAUUUACGCUCGACAGACCAUGCAAGUGAUGAAGAGUGAAGCCGAAGCUACGUUGUAACUGAAUUAAAAACAAAAUUGAAACUGUGACUUUAGUCGGAGCCGCUAGCAAUUUUUUUCGCCAUGCCGCUUUUUCGAACAGCAAGUU